AUGUGGAUGAUUGUUUAUAAAGAUCAUAAUACAUCCUAUACAAUGUUGGAUUUUCAAACUGCUUUAUCUUCAAUGGGAUCAGUCCAAUCAAACAACUCCAUCUUCAAGAGUCAAGUUGGUGUCACUGGAACCAGUUCAAACCAAUCAUCAAACAAGAUUGCAUUCUCGGAUGUAAAAGUUGAUGAUCUUGAUCACCAGAAUAAAAUUAUUAAUGGCAAUGCCGUCAUUGAUCUCAACCUCUAA